AUGCUCAGUAGUUAUGGUGCACAGGCUUAGUUGUUCCGAGGCACAUGGGAUCUUCCCGGGCCAGGAAUUGGACCCAUGUCCCCUGCAUUGGCAGGCGGAUUCUUAACCACUGGGCCACCAGGGAAGUCCCAGUCUGCUUUUUUAUUUUGUGGUCAAAAGCAUGUUUAUUUUUUCCUCCCCUACUUGGAUCAUAGAUUUAUACAUCAGUUCCUUUCACUUCUUCUGUUACAUUUAUCUUUGACAUUAAAUUUUCAGCCAAGUAAAGAGUCAAAUAAAAAACCUUUUUUUUUUUCAUGAAACUUAACCUGACUAACCAGUUGCAGUGAUCUUGCCCUUAAUUCAGUGGUUGUCUGCAUUGGUUACAGGGAGAUUUUUUUAAAAUGUGAAGACUGAGCUACAACUACCAUUCCCAGAAACUCUGAUUUAACUGGUCUGUAUCUUCCUAUGUUGAUUUUUAAAGUGCAGCCCACACUUGAGAACCACUGAAAUAUAAAGUCUGCAUGCUUCAUCAGACUUCUGCUUAUUUUUAAUGCCUUGCAGUUUGUUCUCUAGUUUUUAUGGGUAUAUAGUUUUGAGAACUCAAGCUCUAGAAACAUUUUCUGUUUUUGAACCCUAUCAACUUUUUCUUAUCUAGGCUAUGGCAAUGUUAAUUGAGCAGGGCCACCAGCAUCAUCUGAGGGUGCUUUUAAAAAUGUGGAUACCUCGGCCCCACCUGGACCUAGUGAAUCAUUUUCUUGAGAAAUUACAUUUUUUAAAAUAAGCAUCUUAGGGGAAUUCCCUGGAGGUCCAGUGGUUAGGACUCAGCACUCUCACUGCCUGAGGCCUGGGUUUGAUCCUUGGUUGGGGAAUUAAGAUCCUGCAAGCCACGGGGCACGGCCAAAAAAAAAGGGUCUUAGAUUCUUAUGCUCAUCAAAGUUUGAAAACCAACUUUUUAUGCAAAAAGUAUUUAAUAAGUAUUUGCAUAAUUAAACUGAAUUAAAAUCUGUUUCCAUAGGUAGACUGUAGCCAAUGUUCUGAAUACAGAGAUCUUGUCCUGUCCUGUUUCCCCUCUGUAUAAAAAAGGCUGCGGUCAAGGAUUGGAUCUUACUCUUUGGCUUGCCCAGUAUGGCUUAGUGCUUAUCUGUUGGUAGAAGCCUAAUAUUGUAUUGAGUUUUAUGUGUAAUCCUACUUACCAUUUUACUGCAAAGCUAGAGCUAAAAACAAAUUGUUGAACAUGUGGUUAUGAAUGUUGGGGGCCUUCAAGGCUAGAUGGCACUGAAGAGUCGCUUUACUCAAACUUUUCCUAAAAACUUGGAAAGACUUGGAGGAUCAUGUUGUCCAUUUCUUUCUUUUAUUUUAUAGUGGAGAAAAUUGUGACCCAUACCGCUUGAAUUCUAUAUACAAAGUGACAAGAUUAAUUGCAAGACUAGAGCCAAGACUAGAUUCCGAAUCCAGUGCUCUUUAUUUCAUAAAAUAACUUUUCUUAGAAGCAGCAGUGAUUGGGUUAAGUUUCAGAUGGAGGUUUUUCUUAGGUACAAGGGGAAGAAAAAUCUGUACGCAACUAAAAACAUCUUGAUUUUUUAAAUCAGGAUAUCUGCCUUUACUCACAUUUACUUUUUGAGAUAGAGUAUUAGAAGAUGGAGGAUCUUUGCCGAUGAAAUGCUUAACUGAAGAUGGAAUCAUUGUAUUGCUAAGACUGGGGACGCUGUUUUCUUUCACAAAGGGAAAUCUAAGUUCAUUUCAAGGCAUUCGAAAUGGGGAAAGACUAUUAUUGCAUUUUGGGAAUUGAAAAAGGAGCUUCAGAUGAAGAUAUUAAAAAGGCUUACCGAAAACAAGCCCUCAGAUUUCAUCCGGACAAGAACAAAUCUCCUCAGGCAGAGGAAAAAUUUAAAGAGGUCGCAGAAGCUUAUGAAGUAUUGAGUGAUCCUAAAAAGAGAGAAAUAUAUGAUCAGUUUGGGGAGGAAGGGUUGAAAGGAGGAGCAGGAGGUACUGAUGGACAAGGAGGUACCUUCCGGUACACCUUUCAUGGAGAUCCUCAUGCCACAUUUGCAGCAUUUUUUGGAGGUUCCAACCCCUUUGAAAUUUUCUUUGGAAGACGGAUGGGUGGUGGUAGAGAUUCUGAUGAAAUGGAAGUAGAUGGAGAUCCUUUUAGCGCCUUUGGGUUCAGCAUGAAUGGAUAUCCAAGAGACAGGAAUUCUGUGGGGCCAUCCCGCCUCAAACAAGAUCCUCCAGUUAUUCAUGAACUUAGAGUAUCACUUGAAGAAAUAUAUAGUGGUUGUACCAAACGAAUGAAGAUUUCUCGAAAAAGGUUAAACCCUGAUGGAAGGAGUUAUAGAACUGAGGACAAAAUUCUCACCAUUGAGAUUAAAAAAGGGUGGAAAGAAGGUACCAAAAUUACUUUUCCAAGGGAAGGAGAUGAAACACCAACUAGUAUUCCAGCAGACAUUGUUUUUGUCAUUAAAGAUAAAGAUCACCCAAAAUUCAAAAGGGAUGGAUCAAAUAUAAUUUAUACUGCUAAAAUUAGUUUACGAGAGGCAUUGUGUGGCUGCUCAGUUAACGUGCCAACAAUGGAUGGAAGAACCAUACCUAUGACAAUAAAUGAUAUUGUGAAACCUGGAAUGAGGCGAAGAAUUAUCGGAUAUGGGCUACCGUUUCCAAAAAAUCCUGACCAACGUGGUGACCUCCUAAUAGAAUUUGAGGUGUCCUUCCCAGAUACUAUAUCCUCAUCAUCCAAAGAAAUACUUAGGAAACAUCUUCCUGCCUCAUAGAAUGAAAAACUUUGUUACCCAUAUUUUGAUAAGGCACUGAAAAUAUAAAAGGACUGGCCGUUUACUGAUGUAGAUGUGAAUUCUGUAUAAAGACAUGUAAAUUAUUUUGAGGGUUCAUUAAAUUGCAUGAAUAGAGACGGGUCAAAUAAAAAGGUAAAAGGGAUUUUUACAGUUAGAGAUGAAGAGAAAACCAUUCACUGUAUUUUAUUUCAUUUCUCCCAAAUCAGAAAUUUUUAGUAUUUUGCUUACAUGUAAAAUUUGUUUCUGUGGAGUUAGUAGAUAUAUUUCUAAUAAAGUACUAGGCUAUCCAAGUACUUUAUUUCUUAUAUCUUUACAGUAUCAGUAUGAUAGGUUCUCAUUUGUAAUGGAAAUUUAAAUUCUUUACUAAACUAUACAUGUGAUUAGAUAUUUCUAGAAAAUAAAAACCAAGUCAUUUAGAAAUCUGGUUAACUAGAUUAAAGUCGCCAUAUGAAUUGCUGCUGUAGGGCUGGUACCCAUAAAAGAAUAUCCUAAUACCUAUGUUUCACCAUUUUGAUUUUUAAAGUAUGUUGUAGCAUUUCUUAAUAACAUAGUUGUAAGGUUCUUAAGGCAGACCUUUUCUUCACAGAAAGUAUAUUAAUGGCAAUUUAUCUCCUGUGGAAAUCCCAAUUGCCUGAAUUACUGAUAUUUUAGAAAUAGGUUGUUUUUAAAAUGACAUGUAUAAUUUUAUGCAAGUUGACUAUAUAUCUUGGACUUAAUAAAUUAUAGGUACUAGUUAAAAAUAACUUGUUUGAUAAUAAAUGUGUUUUUAGAGGAAAUAUUGUUACUUGGAAUCAAUUUUCCAAUUACACAGUCUUCUAUAACUUACUCAUAAUAUGCUAUAUGUACCAUAUGCAAUUUCCCUAAAAAGAAUAAACUACCACUAUGGUGUUAAACCAAAAUAUGGGGAAAAUAAACACUAACUGCUGCUUA